AUGGAAAAGUACUCUAAAUUCAAAGAUCCUCUAACAGGAAUAAACCCAUUUCUCCAGCCAAAACCCAAGCCCAUAACAAUGGCAGUCUUUUUCUUGGCCAUUAUUAGAUUUCCAAUUUACAUUCUGUUUCUUUGUGGUUUGCCUGUUGUGGGAAUGCUCAUCAGAAUUAAUAGAAAAGACAACAUUUCCCCAAGCGGAUUUAUUGUGUGCAACUCGGCAAGCGAAUUUGACAAAGAAAUUAUCAAAAAAGCGUUUGGAAUCAAGCAAUUUGGGCAUUUCAAGCAUAAAACCUGCGUCUGUUUUCCUGAAAAGACAAAUUCCAAUAACACCGCUAUUCUCAGCUUUAAGGAGCCUGGCUACUGUGAUUAUUCAAUAGGAUUGAAGUAUUCAAGCGAAUGUAUUUACAUGUAUGGCAACAGAUUCCUGUGGUUUGUUAGGUUUCUGGGAAGCUUUAAUACUGUUGAUGUUAGAGUAACAAAAGGAUCCAGCCUGGAAAUGGCAACAUCUCUCCCAAAAGUCAUGCUUGGCUUUACAGAUAAAGAGAGGUUUCUUACACUCAUUAAACAAAAAUAA